AUGUCACCUUCGCAGGACACCUCCGCUUAUUUCAAGACCCUCCCCGCUCACAACGUCGAGGCGUUGUGGCCAAAGAUGGCGGCAGUGGUUCCGCCAGUGCCGGCGCCGAGAGCAGUUCCGACACUCUGGAAGUACAAUGAUAUCCGCCCGUUAUUAGAGCAAGCAGGCCACCUCGUCGCCGCCGCCGACGCCGAAAGAAGAGUGCUUAUGCUCAUUAAUCCUGCCCUCCAAGCUCCGCAAACUACUGACACUUUAUACGCCGGAUUACAAUACAUCAACCCUGGCGAAGUCGCCCCCGCCCACCGCCACUCAGCGUUUGCCCUCAGAUUUAUCGUCGAAGGCGAAGGUGCUUUCACCAAUGUUGAAGGGCUGAGAUUGUAUAUGGAACGGGGGGACGUCAUCCUUACUCCCCGGUGGCAAUGGCACGACCACGGUAAGGAAGGCGAGGGGGCGAUGGUGUGGCUCGACGGGCUUGACCUCCCCAUUUUCCAAGCUAUUCCAGUGAACUUUGCUGAACACUACGAAAAAGAUGAGUUCCCCGUGACUCAAGAAGGUAACCCUGAUUUGCGGUUCCCGUGGUCCGAGACGCAGAAGGCUCUUGAUGGAAAUAAAGAUGCUAACGGGUAUUCGUUCUACGAGUACCGCCAGACCAACGGCAAGCCGUUGCUGAGUAUUAUUGGCGGUAAUGCUGAACGGGUGGAGCUGGAAUCGCCCCAAAGACAGGAAAAUUCGUCGUUUGUGUACCACAUUUAUGAGGGUAAAGGGUAUACUGAAAUUGGCGAUGACAAGAUUGAGUGGGGUCCCAGAGAUACUUUCUGUAUCCCGGCGUGGAAACCGUUCCGUCACGUGGUUACUGAAGGGCCCGCAUACUUGUUCUCUUAUAACGACAAGCCGUUGUUGACCAACUUGGAAGUAUACCGCAAGGGUAAGUAA